AUGGCUUUCACCAAGGCUGAGCAGAAAGUAAACAAUACUGCUGCUGCCAGAAGGCACAGGGAGAAGAGGAAGCUUGAGCAAGAACAAAACUCCAAACUGGUAGCGAGACUUCAGCAGAAGGUGGCUGAGCAAGAGGCCACGAUCAAAAGUCUCAACGACUACAUCCUGAACCUGAGAACCGCCAUCGUGGAACAUGGCUUUAGCUGCAAUAUCCAAACUUCCAAUUAUAUGCAACUAAAGGCGUGCGCAUCAAACUCCCCUUCUAACGAUGCUCCAAGUCCAAAUCCAAAUCCAAAUCCAACUCAGUAUCCAACACCGCCUCGUCAACGAACGCUUACACCGCCUAGUAAAGCAGCACCAGUUGAUAAUCUGAAUCAACAGCGAACAACUAUUAGUUUUGGCUCCACAAACAACGUUUAUCCGGUGGCAUCGGUCACAAAUACCGUGGAUUCAACCUUCAAUGGGCCCUUGGUGGACAACACCGGGGAUGGAUCUCUUCUAUUCGAUGACUGGAGGGGCAGUCCAAUCCAACAGCCAACAUCCGCGGGUUUUGGCUUCAUAAACAACGCACAUUUGGCACCAGUCACGAAUACAAUGGAUAUAAACUGGGGGGCACCUUUGGAUGACAGCACCGGGGAUGGAACUUUUCCAGACCGGGACUUGAUGGGUUUCGACUUCGAGUGUUACGAGAACUUAUAG